AUGCCAACUUCAGCAUUGCAUUCAGACGCUGAAAUGGGCGAAAUUUCGUACAUUCCCCUCCUUUUAGGCCACAUCAAAAAUCCGAUCUAUACAAGACUGACCACGCAUCAGCUAACCGCCGAAGAGUUCACGCUAGGAAAGUUGCGAGUCAACUUCACAGUCGACAGUCUCAAAGUGGUCGAAAGUGGGGCCUUCCAAGCCAGCUGCGGAAAGCACCUCUUGCCCGAAUACGCUCAACUUCUUGUGGGCACGGCUGAAAUGGACACUGAUGAACUUGUUGCUGUGGCGAAUUUCCAGUUGCAGCUUCCCUACCUUUGGAUGAUGCAAAGGGCGGAUGAAAACCAGAACUUCCAUCCUGUCAAAAUAAUUGACGUUCUGUCGGAUGACCGAAUCUCCAGGUAA